CCCGCUGCCUAAGUCCUGUACGUAGUUUAAGGCUCGGGUGCACAAAUUGCGCCUGCGCAUUGUCAGCUCCGCCUUCCGCCGCCAUCCCCGGAAACGCUUCCUUCUCACGUAGCUACCUCGGCUCUUCGGGUCGCGGGAAUUUGCCUCUCUAGGCUGGUCGGGCCUCUUCUCCAUGGUCCGGUCUGUUAACAGGGUUUUGAAAGCUAGCAGGUGAGGCCGGGCUAGGCGCGGACGCUGCAUCCCCGAGUCAGUCACCGGUGGCUGGGCGAUCGGGAGACCAUGGCGCGGCGACGGUGAGGCUCGGGCAGUGGCCGGACCCCGCGGGCCAGUAUGGCGGGCCAGUUCCGUAGCUACGUGUGGGACCCGUUGCUGAUCCUGUCGCAGAUUGUGCUCAUGCAGACCGUCUAUUAUGGCUCGCUGGGUCUGUGGCUGGCGCUGGUGGAUGCUCUAGUGCGAAGCAGCCCCUCGCUGGACCAGAUGUUCGACGCCGAGAUCCUGGGCUUUUCUACCCCUCCAGGCCGGCUUUCAAUGAUGUCCUUCAUCCUCAAUGCCCUCACCUGGGUCUCACUACAUAGCCCAGGCUGGCCUUGAACUCACUGUGUAGCCCAGAAUGACCUUGAACUCCUGAUGAUCUUCUUGCCUCAGCCUCGCAAGUGUUGGGAUUACAGGCACGCGCCAUCAUAUCCAGCUGAUUUCAUUUUCUGUGUGUCAGUUAUUCCUGACCAACCAUGUUCCAAAAAUGUGAAAUGGAAAAUUCCAAAAUAAAUAAUUCAUAGGCUUUUAAUUGUCCACCAUUCUGAGUAGCAUGAAGUCUUGCACUGUCUUUGCCCAUCCCGCCCAGGCUGUGAAUCAUCCUUUUGUCCCGCGCAGUCACUCUGUAUGUGAUGCCCUCCCUUCGUCACUUAGGAGCUGUCUCCGUUAACAAAUCAACUGUCAUGGCAUUGCUUGUGUUCAAGUAACCCUUACUUCAUUAAGGGUUGAGACACUAGCCAUUCAGUAUGCCAAAGAGCUUGUACUUUUGUUAAGUAAAAAGGUAAAAGUGCAAUAAGAUAUUUUGAGAGAUUAUAGUCACACCUUUUGCUGCAGUAUAUUGUUAUAAAUCUUAUAUUUUAUUAGUUAUGAUUCAUAUCAUUGUAUCUACUGAUUAAACUUUAUAUAGGUAUGAAUAUAUCAUAAAAAUAUAGUAUAGAUAGGAUUCAGGACUAUCUUUGAUUUCAGGCAUUCAUUGGGGGUCUUGGAACAUACUCCCCCACACAGAGAGAAGUAUUUUAUUAAAAAUGUUUAAGACAGGGCCUCAAUCUGCAAUCUGGGCUGGCUGUGAACUCUCUAUGUCUUCCAGGGUGGCCUUGAACUCACAGCAGUCUUUCUGCCUUAGCCUCUCAAGUGUAGGGAUUACAGGCCUGCACCACCAUACCUGGCUCAGUGUUUUGGUUUGGUUUUGUUUUUGCUUUUUUGGGACAGGGCCUCACUAUAUAGUUCAGGCUGGCUUUAAACUUGCAGUGAUUCUCCUGCCUUAGCCUUCCCAAUGCUGGGAUUAAAAUUAGUAUUAGAAACAAGACCAACUCUAUGUUGUCUAAAAAUCAAUUUAAAUAUAGAGAUACAGAUACUUUAAAGGAGUGGAGAAAGAUACAUCAUGCUGAUACUAACCAUAACAAAUCUGAAGUGGCUACCUUAGUUUCAGACACAGAUUUCAAAACAACAAACAUCAGAGAUAGAGUGAAGCAUCAAAUAAUAAUAGAGGAAGUGGGAAUGGUGGUGCACGCCUAUAAUCCCAGCAUUUGGGAGGCUGAAGCAGGAGGAUAGCUGGGAGUUCAAAGCCAGCCUGGUAUCCAUAGUGAGACUCUGUCUCAAAAAAAAAAAAAAAAAAAAAAAGAA